CGUGCUACGUCACACAAAAACAGUGCGUCAGCUAGUACUUCCGGAGUCACGAGCCCUCCUAUGCCAUGUGCAUGUUGGGAAAAUAAUCUUGAAGCUACUUUUCUAAAACGUUAAAAGCGAUAAAAAGUUCCCGUUCAGAGAAGAGAAGAGGACGCUCCGGUCAGACGAGCAAUGUGUCAGGUCAGUUGUUGAAAGAGAAAAACCUCAAAGUAGUCUGGCUUGUUUGUUAGCUAACAGUUGCCAUGGCUCUGUACAUGAGAGCCGCUGAGAUCCUGGAGAAAGCCGAGAUGAAGCAGGGCGCUUUGAAAACUCUGGUCUACGACAGCAAGUUCGCGAAUAUCAAGCAGCUGUUUGCUCUGGUUUUAGAGACCCAUAGGUUUUCCUCCAUCCUGGAGGAGAUCAUCGUGUCCACCAAGCUGCUCAAGCAGACCCAUCUGAGGAUAUACCUGGCCAAAGUGCUGGUGUACGACCUGCUGAUUGGCCAGGGUCUGAAGUGCGGCGGCGCCUGGAAGGCCAUGAUGAUGAAGCAUCGCGCCAGACUGCAGGCGGUACUGGCCCGCAUGAAGGUGAAGAAGAAGGUCAGCAAGAACGAGGACCUGCUCCCGGCCAGCGUGAAGCAGCUCAUCGGGGACAAGCUGCCCAGGUAUGUGCGAGUGAACACCCUGAAGACCACCGUGGAGGAUGCUGUGGACUACCUGAAGAGGGAUGGCUUCUCCUACCUGGGACAGGCCUGCAGGCUUGAUGACUUAACCCUGACGGAGAAACACUUUGUGAUGGACCUGUAUCUGCCAGAGGUGCUGGUCUUCUCUCCUAAAACUGACUUCCAUGACCACUUCCUGUACAAGGCCGGCCACAUCAUUCUGCAGGACAAGGCCAGCUGCCUCCCCGCCUUCCUCCUCAACCCCCCACCUGGCAGUCAUCUCAUCGAUGCCUGCGCCGCCCCCGGCAACAAAACUAGCCACCUGGCAGCCAUCAUGAAGAACAAGGGCAAGCUUUUUGCCUUUGAUUUGGAUGCCAAGCGUCUGGCCACCAUGGCGACCCUCCUGCUCCGAGCAGGGGUCACCUGUCAGCACCUGGCCAACCAGGACUUCCUGAAGGUGGACCCUGACAGCCCGCAGUUUAAAGAUGUUGAAUACAUCCUGCUGGACCCAUCCUGCAGCGGAUCAGGCAUGGUGUGUCUCCGGGACGAUACGUCCUCUGCUGACCAGGAGAAGGUUCAGGCUCGUCUGGCCUCCUUGGCCUCCUUCCAGCUGCGGUGCCUGAACCAUGGCCUCAAGUUCCCUCGCCUGAAGCGCCUCGUCUACUCCACCUGCUCCAUCCACAGCCAGGAGAACGAGGACGUCGUAACGGCAUGUCUGCAGCAGAACCCCGGCUUCAGGUUGGUUUCUCUGCUGGCUCAGUGGCCUGAACGAGGCCUCGAGCCGCUCACUCAGUGUCUGCGUGCCAGCACCGCCAAGACCCGAACACACGGCUUCUUCGUGGCUCUGCUGGAGAAACACAGCGAGGCUGGGAACACGGAGCAGGAGCCAGCGGUGCAGAUGAGUCAUCCUGUCACAAUCAGCGAGGCUGGGAAUACGGAGCAGGAGCCAGCGGUUCAGAUUAGUCAUCAUCCUGUCGCAAUCAGCGAGGCUGGAAAUACAGAGCAGGAGCCAGCGGUUCAGAUAAGCGAGCCGGAGGCCACACCACCCAGCCCGUCCGCCUGCGAGAAGAGACCUGCAGCGUCAGAAUCUGACGCUUCAGAGACUGAGGACAAACUGUCACCUGCAGCAGGACAGGCUGACGGUACACCUGGCAAGAAGAGGAAGAGAAAGAGGCAGAAGAAGAAGAAAAAGAAGAAUGAGGCGGCAGAAACAGUGGAGUGAUGAUAAAUGUAAAAUGGGACUGCGACAGCAUGUUGUCUGUCGGGAAUGUAACGGGAAAGUAAAGAUUAUUUUUUACUGUA